CUCAGGGAGAAAACAAAGUUCCCAAAUCUUCAAACGCAAUUUGAUACCAAAUAAUGCCACAUUAACAUCUGCCAGCUGUAGGCAGGGUCUGGUAAAACACCCCCACGCCUCAAAGCUUCGGCAGGAAGAAGUGAAGAGUUACUGUUUUGGAAACGAUGCAGAGUUUUUGACCGCACUGCAGCUGGUCUGACUUAACUUGAGGGACUGACAACAUGCGUUCCAGUGUGGAUGGGCCACCAAGACCCCUUGGCGGGGCAGGCACCAGCAGCAACAAUGAUAACAACAACAAUAACAACAGCGGAGAAAGCAGUGGAAACUCAGGUUCCCAGUAUGCGCUAUGUGCUCUGGGGGUUGGGCUUAUUGCCCUCGGCAUUGUAAUGAUUGUGUGGAGUGUGGUACCCGCAGACCCAGUCAGGAAUAGCAGUAGUUCAGGAGAAGAUAUUAAUACUAGUAACAGGAAAAAUAAAGCAUCUUCUGUAGCCUUCGUCUUGGUGGGUUCUGGGGUGGUCAUGCUGCUGCUGUCCUUGUGUGUGGGAAUGAGGAACAAACAGCGGGAGCAGCAGAGGCUCCAGGAGGCUCAGAACCACGGAGGAGUGGCAGCUAGGCAGCAAGAGGAAAGAGAAACAGCUGAAGAACAAGCCCAGCGAUAUGCCGUACCCACCUAUGAAGAGGCAGUAAGCAGUGGCCAGUAUCCUGUUCGUCAGAGCAACCAUCGCCCAAGCUCUUCCCAUCUACCUUCCUACGAUGACCUGGUUGAAGUCGAUGGUGUACAGUAUGAAUGUGAGGGGUCAGAGGUCACAACUACCGGAUCACAGGCUGCUCCUUCCAGUGGUCCCGCUGCUGCUGCAUCCGCAUCAAAUCGUAGGCCUGGGAAAAAUAGCCGCAAGCUCCUCCCCAUCAAGAUUCGCAGGAUUAAAUCAGAGAAGCUGCACAUGAAAAACAUUGAUAACUCUCAGCCCGCAGCUGGAAUCAGUAUAGAACCACUCACUCCACCACCACAGUAUGAGGAUAAAGUACCUCCACUUUAAGACCAAGCUGAUUGUGUCUAAAACAAUCUACUGAAAUUCCUGGAAUCUGCUAUGAUUACCUUUUGUGGAUCUGGAUCUGCUUUGUUAAGCCAAGACUUGAAGACGGCUCUUCUUGCAGAGCGUUCCCAGUGGCACUUUGUUAUAAAAGAUUUUAUUUGUUCAAAUCCAUCAUUAAUGCCACGCCACUCCAAAGCAAAGAACAGAAAAAAACUUUAUUUUUUUAAACUUUGGAUCUCACUGGAUCUUUGAUGCAGACACAGACAAAUCGUGAUGGACGUAGUUGCUGGAUCCUUUCUUAGUAUGACGGAUUCUGUCACAACCUGGCACAUCGGAUUUAAAGCACCCAGCAAAUACAGUUUUCCUUUAUGUCAAAGUAGUUUUCAGUUUUUCUCACUGUAACUGACCUCCGCUGUCCACUGACUGGACACUAAGUUGACAAAAAUCAUAAGACGUCAGUGAACGAUUAUAUGAUGAUUUUUGUGUGCACACAAAUUUGUGAAGGAGCUGCAGUUUAGGCAGUGUUUCACAUUGAGAGGCUUUGGGUUACUACUGCCAUUGGUUUACCAAAUGUAGGCUCCACGGUGAGUGACUGAGCAUUGUUUGUAUUCAGCUGGCUUGACCUGACGUGGUAUGCUGCACAGAAACACUCCCUCAUUGUCAACAAUAUUGUGGUCCUCUAGAUGACUGACAAUUUUGAAGAGUUUUAAGUGGUGUUGCAGAACUGGAGUCCUGUCCCUCUUCUGUGUUAGCUUCUUUUUUUUUUUUUGCUAGAUUUUUGUUCAAUGUUUUCUUUGUACGUCUGCCUUAAAAGUUGAAACAUGAUAAUAGGAUUUCCUGACUCUCAGAUGCAGUGUGUACUCGACAGCACCAUUUAAGAAUCUUCUAUUUAUAACUAAGAUAACAAAGCUUGGUCAGCAUUUAUCAGUACAGUAGCUCUUAUGACUCUUAGCAAUAGGCACACUACCAAAACGGGAAGUGUAGGCUAGUUGUUAAUGCUAACAAAAUGUACCACAUUUCAUAUAGUAUCAAAUCAUGCUUAUGUUACUGUCUAGUACAGUGGUUUAUUUAUUUAACAUAAGAGAAAAUUAUUUAUGUUUCCCUUCAGAAAUACAUAAACUGUCUGCAGCACAUGGUCACGUUGGGGCUUGUGGAGCAGGGGCUUGCCUUCAGAUGUUUAUGAUGCUAUGGUUGUGGGCAUUUCUUUACUGAACAAGACAUGGUCCAAAAUCAGUAAUGUAAUAAAUUUUGUGUCAGUGUUUUCUUAAAGACACUGUGAAAUAGUACCUUUACUUCCUUAAAGCUGUCUUAAUUAGCCUUGACCAGUAGAGGGCAUAAAGAGGCCAAAACAAACCCAAAACAUAGCCCUGAAAUGGCAUAAUUUUAUAAACGUACUAUGGAUAAUGAGUUAGGAAACAGUUGCCUAACUACAACUAACAGGUACAGAAUACAAUUAGCAUGCCAUUGGAGUGGAGUUUCUUGGUUAGCUGAUAAAAUGAAAGUAGUAACUAUGUUUUGGAUUCUCCCAACUACGUAGAAAAAAUGUGUCUUUAGCUAACUAACUGCUAAACUUUCUCACUAAGUAGCAGCUCAUGUACAUCAGCUUUCUGCUGCUUUGUGCUUGGCAGAUAGCAUGUUGACAUGUAUGUCUUAUUAGACUUAAUCAUACAGUCUUUAUAUUUGAAAAAAAAAGAAUUUUAAAUGUUGGUUGCUAAGGUAUGCUCUAAAGGCCAUUCAAAAUGAUAAAUUAGCCAGAUGCCACUUUGGGAAAGAAUGGGAGUGGCUGUUGUUUAAAAAAAAUCCACAAUGUACUGACUGAAAUUUUUAUUUACUCUCACUAGUGCAGCACCAUUAAGGUGACCAUUAGCUUACCAUUUAAUAGUUCAGUUACUUUCUUGGAAGAAACCAUUUUCCAGGAAGAUCAAGGUCUCAUUUCAUGGUGUAGUUUGUCCCACAGUUGUACACACUAAUGUACACUUAAAUGCCUUUGUGUUCAGAACAUUACUGCUGCUUUUCCUAAAGCAUUUCAGAAGACAAUAUAUGACUGAACCGUCCUUCCAGUGAGGUGUUGCUUUUACUCCUUCAAGUAGUAGGUAGAGAAGGAAGCACGUGAGCGCGAUGGAAGGAGCUCGUGAAUAGUUGAAAGCCUUCGGCUGUAGCCAUGGUGAAACACUGUUGAGCUGUGAAGGCAGUAGUGUAGUCUCUGCUUCUCUCUGGGCUUGUUUUUGUUCUUAUUCGAGAUGACCAACAGAAAGACUCUUUGAUUGUGCAGCUGCACCAUAAUAACAGCAACUAUUACUCAGUGGCUUGCUCAUCACCAUUCCACUGACCACAGCUCGACUUGCAGCCCUGUUUUCACUUACAAGUUUGCAGAGAAAGGGAAGAGAAACUACUCCAGACUCUAUUCAGGGAAAUAGUUUGAGUUCCUUCGUUAUACAGUGUUUUAUCAACAACAAACUCUCCUUUCGUCUUCAGGUUAGACUUAACUAAAAAUGAACAGCUGAGGCCAGAUUGAACAAUUUUCAGUUAUUCAGUGAAAUGUUACAAAUCUGUUGAAGUUGCACAAGAUUCUUUGCUUUUUUGUUUUGUGGGACAAAAGACACUUUUCAUUAGUAACUUCAUCACCCAGUUCCACAUUGUGUUUGAGGAAAAUUCUGUUUAACUGAUGCAAAAAUGAUACUCAGAUACUCAUUGCCAGCUGGCUAUAUUAUAUUACCAGGUUUUCUAUCAAGCUAAAGGCAACAAGGUCACUGAGUCACUUCACGUUUGUCAUUGGAAUACAGCACACGACAGCCAUGCCCACAUUUCUGUGAUUUUGUUUUUUGAAAACAAAAUCACUCUCCACACAGUGUAUUAAUUCUUUAUUAUUUUUAUCAUGUUCAGUAAUGCAGACAUAGCCGUACCUCAUUGGCAAAGGACCAGAUAACUACAUGACUGAUUUUAUUACUAUGUGGUCAAACUGUUUUACAUUGAUGAACUACAGUGUUUUGAUUUAGCAGUCACUUUCUGUUUAACUUAGAUAAGUGCCCGAAACACAUGAUGUUUGUUGUCUGUUUCAUUUAUUGUUGCUUUUUUUAUUACUUAAAUCUCUUUCUUUUUUAUUUGUACUGUGAAAAUAUACUUUUUCUAUGGUAAUUCUAAUUUGUUUGUGGAAGAUUUUUUUUUUCCUGAAGAGCAAAAACAAAUUUAUCUCAUUAAUAUUUUAUGAGAAAUAA